CGGUUCCACCGCCAGCUGAAAGCAGCUCUCAAAGCUCACUCCGGUUCUAAUUGGCAUGGGCCCGUUCCGCUUGUCCUUUUGGGCAUUCGGAACACGAUCAAGGCCGACUUGCACACCACACUGGCCGCUUUAGCUUUCGACUUCUCCUUACGCCUCCCUGGGGAACUCGUCGCACCAACUCUGAUGCGCAACUUCAACUACGCCGACUUCGCCCAUCGACUGGGCCAUCACAUGCGCGAGGUUCAUGCCGCGACCACUCGACAGCAGAGAACCCCCGUGAGAGAAACAGUUAGUUUAGAUCGGCUUAAACCAGCCUUCCUAGAGGGCAGCACUCCGUCAGAUUCCUCGGAUCCUCCCAGCGACCCAGCACCGGCCCACUCACCUUCUCCUCCGAGUCCACUGCAGUCCACAAGCGCCCCUUCGAUGCCUCCAUCCAUUCUGGUCAAACGCGACCGCCGCGGUCGCGAAGUCCGCCGACCAGUUCGUUUUGACUGCUAG